AUGUUUUGUGUGGACAGCAUGUCUUUAAUAAGUAGUUCACCUUCCAAAUACAAGAAAUGCAACUGUGGCAUUCCCAUGGCAAGGCUCACCUCUUGGACUAGGGAGAACCCUGGAAGAAAGUUUUUGGCAUGCAAGUUUUAUGAUCCUAACACAGAAACUAGAGGUUGCAGGAGCUUUGAGUGGGUGGAUGAAGAUGGGAGUGAUUGGAAAAAAGAAAUGAUUAAUCAACUAAUCUUGGACAAAAAACUGAUGAAGGGUGAGAUGAACUCAAUGCGAAGAGAAAUUGAAGACCUUACUGGCCAGAGAAGGUGCUUGUCGAGUGAGAACGACAAUCUGAAGAUCAAGUGCAAAGCUUUGAAUGCUGACAGGAAGAAGUACUCAGGAGAAAGGCAACAGAACAGGGCUGGGUGUGGGACUAUUGUUGUGGGUGUUGUGUUAUGUUUUAUGUUGAUGUUUGUAGGUGCUAUAGUGAUGCUUUAA